CACUUGAUAAAGGCUAUCUCAUCAACAACCCAACAACCUCACUACUAUCAUAUCGCCCUCCAAGACAAGGAAAAUCUUCACGAUGACUACCAGCCGCGACUCCAACACGCCGAGCCUAACGGCGGUCCCUCAGCUGCAUCAAUCUACCGUUCCUCAGACUCGACCUACUACCGAAGAUAGACUGGUGGUAGUCGGCUUAUACGGCGUUCCCGGCUCCGGCAAGACAUUUUUGCUUAACCAAUUGAAGCAAGAGCUCGGAAGUGAGCUAUUCGCAUUCUACGAAGGAUCCGAGGUCAUUGAUACUGUCGUCUCUGGGGGUCUUGACGCGUUUAAAGAACUCGGAGAGCAAGAAAAGGCGCAUUGGCGCCAGAUUGCCAUCGACAAAAUCAAAGAAGAAUGUGCCCACAGCGGGCGCGUUGCAGUUGUCGCUGGGCAUUUCAUGUUUUGGCCCGAAGAAGAAAAGGCUGGAUGUCCAGUGUAUACGCAGACUGAUCUGGAAACAUACACCCACAUCCUCUACUUGGACGUUCCAGCUGAGACCAUCGCAAAACGCCGUUUGGAUGAUACGGAACGGAAUCGUCCAUCGGCAUCGAUCACUCAUUUGCGAAAGUGGCAGCAGGCCGAAAAAGACGGGCUGCGCCGUCUCUGCCGCGAUCAUGGCAUUUUAUUCUCGCUCAUAUUCCCGCACUUGGCAUUGCCAACCAAGACAUCGACGUUGUUACGCGAUUUCCAACGCCAUAACGAGAAGCAUAACCUAUCGAGGGCGGAAAGAAAGCUAGACGAGGCUAUUCCCCCUGGCAAGACUCAGCUAGAGACAGUGUUGGUUUUGGAUGCAGACAGAACACUAGCUGCGGAAGAUACCGGCACGUUAUUCUGGAGGAAGAUCUCGAACAAUCAAGACCAGGAGUUUCCGUUAAAGGCACUAUUUAGCAGCCCUUUGGAGUACUCGUACAAUGCUUUCCGUCAGGCAACACUGCUGUAUGAGGAGACGCUUGACGAUCAAGAAUUCGAGGACAUCUGCCAAAAAGUGGCACCGGAGGUGACUAUCCAACCUGAGUUCGGAUCCCUUUUGCAUCUGGUGGCCGAUAAGAACCAUGUCGGUGCGGUUGUGGUUACUUGUGGCCUGCGCCGUGUUUGGGAGAUAGUAUUGGAAAGAGAAGGUCUAUCUAAGACGGUGACAGUUAUUGGCGGUGGGCGCAUCUCAGACGGUUUCGUCGUUACCGCCGCUGUGAAAGCUGCAUUGGUCACCCGCCUGCGAAUCGCUCACCAGGUAUAUAUUUGGGCGUUUGGAGACAGUGUUUUGGAUUUGGAUAUGCUGAUCGAAGCGGACGAAGCUAUCGUCGUAGUUGGCGAAGAGCAGUCUAGGAGCAAGACUAUGGAUGCAGCACUGACGAAUGCUAUUGACAAGGAAGGCCUUCGGGCGCAGCAAGUUGUGCUGCCCAGCAAUGCGCCACCGCGGCUCAACACCGAGAUACUUCCCUUAAUCCAGCUGACAGGGAAUGAGUUUAUUGGCUCUAUCCUCUGUCGACGAGACCGACCUGCGGGUCUCCAAAUCCAUCUCGCAACAGAGAAAAAUGCAGCAAAGUUGCUCGCGACGCCGAUGCGCGACGCAGCUGUUGCCGGCCCAAUACUAAGGGAUGCCCAUCGCCGAGUUGGGUGGUACCUAGCAACUGAGUUCCUGACCGACCUAAUUGGGAUCGAAGAGUGUAGGAUCUCGCAUGUCCUAGGCCGUCCUACCAAUGGAUAUCGACUUCUCCACGAGGAUCAGACGACAAUUGUAGCACUGAUGCGCGCCGGAGAGCCCAUGGCACUUGGUGUUAACGAUGCCUUUCCGCGGUCCAUGUUUGUCCAUGCCAGCCACCCCAACGACGUUAAACUCCACCAUUUACACGGACAGCGAACCGUUCUUCUGGUGGAUUCGGUGGUGAAUAGUGGAAAGACAGUGGCCGAAUUUUUACAGGCAGUCCGCAAUCUAAAUUCUGCCAUCCGCAUCAUUGUAGUUGCUGGCGUAGUCCAGGCACAAUGCAUGUCUCGCCGCAGUCUCAUCAGUAAAGUACUUUCCGGCUACGGAGAUUCCAGCCUUGUUGCACUCCGGCUCUCCGAUACCAAAUUCACUGGCAGCGGAACCACCGAUACAGGCAACCGUCUGUACAAUACCACACACUUGCCGUGACUCUAAUUUUUUUUGGCCACAAGGGGGACCCUAUGGACAGAGAUCACCUAACUUCAAUCAGUACUUGAAUCUUUUAGUCAAGGAAGCAGUGAUUCUGUACUUUGUUAAGCUCUAGGGUUAUUAGUGGGCAACUGGGCGUGGGAUAGAUAAUGAGGAGCUAAGCGAGGGAUGCUGGGGUUUGAGAUGUUGGACUAUCAGGCCAUCUUUCUUUACGUAUUACUUGCUAUAUUUACUUUCUUUUUUCAAUGUUUCAACAUUAUUCCACCACCUGCUACCUUCUUCAUGCGAGCCAUGACUGCUUCACAAUACUUAUAUACAAAGGCUUAUCACAGCAGUGAGGUGGAUCUUGAUAUAGUUUACUGGAUUUCAACCAAAGGGUGAAGGAAUAACUACAAGACAUAGUACGAAGAGAAAAAGAAGAGAAACGAGAGGCGGCGGCUAUAUAUACGGCUCGCUAACAGGCGUGG